UAGAAAUAUUUUAUGGGUUGCUGAUGUGUAGUGUUCAUCCUAAUGUGCAAGUCCCUAUACUAAAACUACUAAUAACAACCAAAAUCGUAUUUUUUUGUCUUUUUUUUGGGGGGGUUAAUCAUUUAUUUUCUACUUGAAUCUAAAUAAAAGUGAUAUGAGACAAAUACAUAAAUUAUUCAUAAAAUUGCAGCUUUUUACCACGAGCCUCAGCUUUGUUCAACGCUGUAACAGCUUAUUAACCCCCCUCCCCUUUUGUAUCAAUAAUGAUUUAUUCCAACUUCCACGGAACUGACAUCCUUAAACAUUUUUUUAAGUGUUUGCAUUAUUUCUGCAUUUGACUGUUUCUGUUGUUAGACUGACACUGCCGAGCUCAACGUUUGAACCUACAAAAGUGAUAUUUACUGUUGUUUGGGGAAAAUUAACAAUUGUCCUGGAAAAAGAUACUGAUUUCUUGUUUUCCUCCUGACGUAUGAUGCUUCAUAUUGUAGUUGAUGUAGCCAUGAUGUAGCUACUUUUACCUAAAGUCUUUAACCGCAUUACAAUAAACACUGUUACUGGGUUGAAUCCUUGUUAUAGGACUUACAAUCAAAAUAAUUUGGGAUCAAGUUAAAAUACUUUACAAUGAGUUGUAUUACUACACAAGGGACAGGUGAUUACCACAGAACUGGAAGAUAUUUUUUAAAAUAGAUUUCAGAAUUAUAAUCACACAAUUAAUAUAUAUUGAUCCAUAAUGGGGGUGAAUUUAAAACAAACGGUCACAAAACAACUUCAAAUAAUUUGGGUGAUUUCAUGGUGGGAAAACAUAUUUUCUGAGAGAUUCCUUGUCAGAUGCAAUGUUUAGAAAUAAAGUUUUUUGUGGUAUAUUUUUCAAGAAUCAGAUUAAUCAGUGCACUGAAUUUAGAUAAUGACUCAAUGGAAACAUAACUAUAAUUAUAUAUUUACAUAUUAUAUAUAAAUAUUUAUGACCACUUUAUUCUAAUUACAUGUAUUUAAGUCAUGUGUUUUAGCAUCAGUCACCAGCAGAAACAUCUGAAUUUAGCAGCAGGGUUGUUGUUUUUUUUUCAUCUGCUGCUUCAAAAGCUAUAGAGUUAGCGCCCCCUUGUGGUACUGCAAACUUUUGUUCCUGAGAGGCACUGUACACUCUUGAAGUGAAAUGUUUCUUAUUUAUCUAUUUCUUUCUUGAUUUUUAAUUAAAAAAAAUUCUAAUUAUAUUUAAAGGUUACUGUCAUCAAAAAGAUGCUUUAUUGUCAAGAAAUAAAUGUAAUGGAUUUAUUACAUUAUUGAUUUAUAACUUUGAAUUAACCCACGCAAAGUUGCAUCUACUGCCAAAAAGCUUUUUUUUUAUUUAACUUUUUGAGCUUGAAAUAAAAGCUUUAGAUAAAAAAUGGCCUCUGCACUAAUGUUUUUUCCAUUCAUCCUGGUUGUAUUGUGAGGCUGCAUCCCCGUUGUUCUCCGUGAGGAUGUCGGCUGGGAAGGAGGCGGCGGCGGCGCUCAAGUCCCGCCUGUAUUUCCCUCUGGAUGAGUCUCUCUGUCUGCGCCCCCGACUGAGGAUUGGAGCGGCGCCUUGUCAGUAAAGCGGUCCGCCCUUUACGCGCACCGGGAAACCGAGCCAGACGGUGACGACCGGAUCUGUCGCUCUUAUCAGCUGUCAACCCGCUUCACCACAGCCACCUGAGCGGGAAUGGAUGGAGAUCUGCAGGCCGCUGAUGAGGGGCCGUGCGCCCCGAAGCUGUGCCGGCAGCAGCGGGGUCCGUUCAGCUGCCUCAAACCCUUCCAGAGCAAGCGCUCAGCGGGCAAGCCGCGCUUUGAGCGCUCCGCCGUGGUGGCUGUGUUUGGCGACGGGCAUCCCUUCACUUUUCACCCGGAGCAGCCUCAUCCCCAACAGCAGCAGCAGCGUCUGCCGCAGCUCCACCAACCCAGCGCUGCCAUCAGCAGCAGCAGCAGCAGCCAGCAGCAUCGUCUCGGGAGUGAGGCCAGGCCCAGCAGCAGGGUCCCCACAUCCACAGCAUCCUUUGGUCCCCAGCAGCAGCAGCAGCAGCAGCAGCAGCGGCGGCGGCUUUCGGGAGGAGCGGCAGAGCCUCGUUUCUCUCCAGACUGCACAUAUGGCAUCAGCACAGAGAACCGGCUCAUCCUGGACGCCUUUGCUCAGCAGUGUAGCCGAGUCCUCGGCCUCCUCAACAACGGCCGCCUCCUGGAGCCCUCCUCUUCCUCCUGUCUGAACGCCAGCAUCAAGCUUGAAGGCGGGCGAGGAGACCCUCGAGGGCUUCACUGCUCUUCACAGGGGCGGCUCAAAUUUGAGGAGAGCUCUUCUACGACAGACCCAGAGGAGGAGGCCCAACAAAGCCAUCUAAACCAGCAGCAGACCUCUGCCGUGCUUCGCAUCUUCACAGACUCUCUACACAACUACCUGCUGUCCGGCCCUCAGCAGCAGCUCCAUCUGGCAGCAGGUCUGGAAGAUGAGCUGUGUCCGUCAGCAGAGCCAGGGUUAUGGGUGUCUCCUUCUAGACACAAUCUGGGAGGAUGGCGCUCCCCGACUCCCUCUGAGUCGUACGGACAUCCAUCAUCCACCCUGCCUGAGGAGGAGGAGGAGGAGGAGGAGGAGGAAGAGAGCUGCUGUCCGCGAUGUCUGGAGCUGGAGCAGGAGGUGUUGUCUCUACAGCAGGAAAACGAGGAACUCCGCAAUAAACUGGAGAACAUUCCAGUUCCCUGUCAAAAUGUUCUUGAAUACUUCAAGACAGUUCUUGAGUUCCAUAACCAGCUGACCCAACCACUGCCGGAGGAGCAGCUCACUGAGGAGGAGGAGCGGCAAACGGCCUUUGAGGGCAGCAAGCAGCUUCUGGAGAAUUAUCCUCUCUACAUCACCAACAAGCAGUGGGACGAAGCUGUGAACUCUUCCAAGAAAGAUGGCCGCCGGCUGCUUCGCUACCUGAUCCGCUACGUCUUCACCACAGACGAGCUGAAGUUCUCCUGUGGCUUGGGCAAAAGGAAGCGUUCGGCGCACUCAGGAGAGCCGGGUCUGGAACGGCGACCGCUCAACCCUGUCAAAGUCAGCUGCCUCAGAGAGUUUAUCCGGAUGCACUGUGGCUCAAACCCUGACUGGUGGAUGCCCUCCGAGGAGCAGAUCAACAAGGUGUUCAGUGAUGCCGUGGGCCACGCCCGUCAGGGCCGAGCCAUCGGGACCUUCCUGGGCAGCAGCGGCAGCAGCACCAGCAGCAUCUACAUGGACGGCUUUGAGGGACACGUGUCGCAGGACGAGCUGUUCAUGAAAGGCUGCCAGAACGGCCAGUUGGACUGAAGGUAGUGAAGACAAACGCUCUAAAUGUAGCUGUGCAACAACGCAUCUCGCACCAACUACUCCAUCCGAAAACAUUCCAGAAAACAUUCCAGAAAAGUUUAUCUAAAAUCGAAAUAAAACACCUCUUUUGUUUCCUCUUUUAUACCUUCUUUUUUAAUAAAGUUUGGGUCUUAAACUACACAGUUAUUGGCGAUCGGGGGUUUGAGUCUUCCACAUGCUACGUUUUCUAUGCUAGGUGAUCUGACCACUUUGUUCAUUGUGAGCUGGUUAUUUUAGGGCAGAGUUAAAUCAAAGUUGUCCUUUAUUUUGUCUUAAAUUACAAUAACUGCAUAAACUGUUGCAUUUCUUGUCCACACGUCAAGCUGCAUCUCAGUCCUCUCCAUCAUGCAAAAGGCAGCGUUUGAGUUCCUGGUCACUGGCCUAAGCGCCUUUCCCAGCUGGCCUUUUACAGGAGUGCCUCGGAGAAACUCAUGUCUGGUUAUUUGCACUUUGAUCCACAGCUGGGGAGCCUAAUUUGAAUUUCUAAAAAUCUAGUGUUUACAAAAUAUGCUGAAAUCCUGUAACUGCCGCUUUGGUCCCUAUUUUGUUCUGAAGCUACGUUUGCGCCCUAAACACAGUUUCUUGAAUGUGUGUUUGGCUCAUGGUGUUCCCACUGGACACGCAGGGGGGGGCUUCUUCUUUGUUUUCUACUGUUUACUAGCGCGUGUCUGCCGCCUACAGUUGGAAGAGGUUUGGUGUAAAAUGUAAAAAGAGUAAAAAGAGGUG